UCACAACUGUGAAAAAAAGGAAAAAAAAAAAAGAAAGAAAAGAAGGAAGCUUCUCGUCAGCUCGCAGAUCUGCGGUGUCACUCAUCGCGAAACGACGCUUUACGCGGUCCACUUGUUACCCAGACGCGCCCCUGACGCACAGGGCUGCAGACUGUGGACACAGGAGCAGUUAUAGUGUUGAAGACAUGAACGAGCUUCCCCGAGGAAGGAGGGAUGAAUACUGACGUCGCUUUUCCCCCAUCCGGUCACUCGUGGAGUAAAAUCCCCACCACGACCCGUCUGAACGCCACAGACUCUGACGAGCCUGCAUGGAUCUUGCCUCCACUCCUCACUGUUCAAAACUCCUCCCGUCCUCCCUGUGACACAAUGUCCUCCGGUGAACCUGAGCCUUCCCCGGAGCCCCAGCAGCCGGAGGGCCAGAUGGACUUCUUCCACAAGCUGGGCUACUCCACGGCUCAGGUUCGGACCGUUCAGCACAAGUUUGGCCCCAACAUGGACACGGAUAAGGUUCUGGGGGAGCUGGUGAGGAUCGGCGCCGGUCAGGAGGCCAAGCAGGGGCCGGUGACCACGGUGUCGGUGGUGCUGCCCUGGGGGGACGUCCAGGCCGCGGGCCCCACGCUGCAGCUGCCCUUCUCUGCAUCGACUCCUCCGAGCAGCGAGGACGAAGACGCCCUGAGACCCGUUGUUAUAGACGGAAGCAACGUGGCCAUGAGCCACGGGAACAAGGAAGUCUUCUCGUGUCUGGGAAUCCAGUUGGCGGUGAACUUCUUCCUGGACCGAGGCCACACUGAGGUCAACGUGUUUGUUCCCUCGUGGAGGAAGGAGCAGCCCCGGCCCGAUGUUCCCAUCACAGAUCAGCACAUUCUGCACGACCUGGAGAGGAGGAACAUCCUGGUGUUCACGCCGUCGCGGCGCGUCGCGGGCAAACGAGUGGUCUGCAACGACGACAGCUUCAUCGUCAAGCUGGCCUUCGAGUCUGACGGCAUCGUCGUGUCCAACGACAUGUACCGGGACCUUCAGGGCGAGAAGCCGGAGUGGAAGCGCUUCAUCGACGAGAGGCUGCUCAUGUACUCCUUCGUUAAUAACAAGUUCAUGCCACCUGACGAUCCUCUAGGCCGCCACGGACCAACCCUGGAGAACUUCCUGCGGAGGUUUCCAAAGACCCAGAAAAAACACCUGUGCCCUUAUGGAAAGAAAUGUACAUUUGGGAUCAAAUGUAAAUUCCACCAUCCCGAGCGUGCCAAACAGUCCAAUCGCUUGGUCGCCGAUGAGCUUCGGGAGAACGCUAAGCACACGUCGUCUGCGCAGAAGCAACGUUCGGCAUGCUCCAGCCCUGUGCCGGGGCAGAGCCUACUGCUGGUGGAGGAUAUGGCCAGGAAACUGACUCUGGGACAUAAGAGCGUUUCUGUCAAGAAAGAUCAUAGAAAUGAACACGUUGCUCCGGCAAAGACGAGUCACCGCUCCAGUAAAAAGGCCACAUGCAGGAAGGAGAAGGGCAGCCAACACAUCUCCUCUUCUGACCACAGCUCAGUGUGGCACGGUGGAUCUCAGGAGCAGCUGGACUCUGGUUUGGGCUCCAUUGACAGUCAGCCCUGGAGUCUGCAUGAUUACCAGUAUGGGCCGACAUACAGGAGCAGCCAGCAUGUCCACGGUGGACGACAGCAGUGCGGCCCCCCGAGAAGUGCGCCGUGCAGCUGCUGCACGCAUGCCUCCCCCGCUCGGGGGAACGCACCAGCUUUCCAGCACCGCAGCCAGCAACACAGCAUGGGGCCAGUCGGCAGCCACAGCUCUGAUUUAGGUCCCUACGGCCCACCUCAUUACCACGGCUAUGGUGCGUACCCGGUCAGCAUGCCCGCUGCGUACAGUCAGCCCACGGACUUCCAGCAGAGCAGAGUCCACCGCCAGCAGCAGAUAUACUGGUCUGACCCGUUCGGGGCCCACCCUGCGGCGGUCCGCAGCGUGCCGGGGGAGCACUCCCAGUGGGAGCCUCCUCAGGGGACGCAUCAGGGUCCUCCCAGAAGCGAGGAGAGAGAGGUCGUCCGGAAGAAGCUCCGCGCCAUCUUCAGUGCCCACCUGGUGGACACGGCCAUGGACAUGUUUCCCCAGAUGAUGGAUCCGCAGAAGCUUGUCGCCGAGAUCCUCAUGCUGCAGAGUCAGAGCCGGUCGCAGAGAUGAGACCGGUCCAGUCCCAACCCACGACUCUCAGUGGGAAGACUGAUAGAAAAUGUGAUGAACAUGAGUUUGUGUAUUCUUUGUAUUGUGGUAUCCACCUUGCUCUUAAUUGUAUUUGCAGUAUGCAGUUGAUACAAAUUGUAUCUUUUUUUUUUUUAAUGUAAAGAGAAAAGUUGAUUUUUAAUGCCACUCAACGUGGUUAAGGGGGUACACUCAUUGGGAACACUCAGUAUCCACUUUAUUAGGUACACCUGUACAGUCAAAUCAGUUUAAAUACUGUUCUGCCAUGUAUAUUAAUAAUAAUUAGAAACACCUUUCACUGUAAUAUUUAGUACAACGCCUCCUUUAUCUGUGACUAAAUUAAUAACGAUAUCGUUGAAUUUAUCAACAUUAUAGAUUUUCUAUAAAAGUGUACCACCGGCUGUUUAGUGUAUCAAGUGGCACUGAUGGGAUGAUUAUAAAAAUGUGUUUGUGUCAUAUUGGCACUGUCAACAUUUACUCGCUCACAGAUCAUAGACAAUGAUUGACAAACGGUUGAGUUGAUGUUUUAAUGAUGAAAUAUUUGUGUCGUAACUGUGAUGCCCAAUCAAUCAAAGCAAUAGUUGCUAUGAGUAAUAUUUCAUCUCACAGAUGAUGAGAUUUGAAACUGAAAUGAAAUGGCUUCAUAAUACUUUGUCUUCCCAGUUUGGUUUUGUCAAAUGUAAUGUUCUUGCAUUUGUUGCUACGAUCGUUUGUCCAUAUCGCUGAGCCUUGCCACAGUUUGCUCUUGCUGCACAGUAGUCACUUCAGUGCAGAUUAUCAUUUUUCUGUGAUGCGAGUCAUGAGAAAUGAGAUGUUUUGUAAAAGUUUUGCCUGUAGCUUUGGAGGCCAAUUUAACAAGAAUGUACCUAUAUGUAAAUUAUAGUGACAUUAAAUCGCGUCUUGUUUCCAAAAGGAAAUACUUAUUCUUCACACCUACACUCUAAUUUAGAGGCAGUCGACAUUAAUCAUUAUUUCUUUACAAAUGAAUCUGUCGGUUAGUUGGUUAUUUGAUUAAAUGGUUUGGUCACAAUCAUAACAAACAACUGUCACCAUUUUUUUAAAACCCAAAGUGAUGUUUGUCCAACUGUCCACAAUUCAUUUUUAAUAAUCUCUUUAAUUUUUUUUGUAUAUGACAAGAAAAAAAAGCAGCAUAUCUUCACAACUGAAAGAGAGGUGAUGGGAAAUGUUUUGCAUGUUUGAGUAUGAUACAACUACUAAGUGUUGAGUACAUCUGACAAUGUCCAGAAUGUUUGUUUGCAUAGGUGUGUCAAUCAUUCCAUACACGGAAUGAAGUUAACUUUGUGUUCAUGUACUAUAAUAGUGGUGGGAGGAGCAUUCAGGUCCUUCAACAAGUAAACACAAUACUGCAAGAUAAACAUACUACGCUACAAGUACACACGGUUAUGUACAGACGAUGUACAGAGUUGACUGUGACAACAUAAGUAUCACAUACACAUUAAAAUCUGUGAAAAUACCA